GGUCAGGAAGAAGCAGGGACCUUAUGGUCCUCUGAGCACAGUGAUAACAAGCCAACUAGUCUAAACCAUGCAGACCACCACUAACCUCAACCUCGGCCUGGCCCGGCAGGACAGCUGUGUGCUGGACAACCACCCGAGGAAGAAGGGCCAUUUGUGGAGCUGGCGCUCCAGAAAGGGGAGCGUCGACGAGACGCAGCCCGAGGCCGGGACGCUUCCCCGGGGUUGGAGGCAGAAAAAACAAAACUCGUUGGUGGAUUACUCCGACCCUCUCAGGACAAUGUCCACAUUGGAGAAGCAAGACAACGAAUCAUUUGGAUUUGAAAUUCAGACCUACGGGCUGCAGCCAAGCCACACAUCCACGGUAGAGAUGUGCACUUUUAUUUGCAUGGUGCACAAGGACAGUAUUGCAGACUGUGCUGGGCUGACCACAGGUGAUGUUAUCCUCACUGUGAACGGGUGGAGCAUCGAAGGAUCGCCUCAUCAACAGGUAGUGGACGCCGUGCGACAAUCCACCAACAUACUGAAGAUAGAGACGACGUUUGGUACCAUCAUGAAGAGGAUUGAGCUGGAGAAGAAAAGGAACUUAAUGAAGAAAACACUACGAGAGAAAUGGGAGGAGCUACAGACGCUUUUGUUACAGGAAGCGCGUCUCACGCACGACUCCACAGACAGCACCCCAACUCCCUCCACUGACUCGCUGGUGUCUCCCGACGGCUUCGUGGGCGGUGGCGGUCCUGGUGGUCCGAGGGACAGCAGCUACUGGAGCGCGGCGUCGGAGGACGGCGACCAGGCCAGCGUGUUCGGGGACGCCGGGUACUCCCCGAGCCCCGUCAGCGCGCCCGGCGACAACGACGACUGCUUCUUCUCUCAGGGGUUCGAAGACCGCCAGGAAUCCAGGAGGAAGCUCAAGUCUUCCGGGUCAUUCUGUGUCCGUGUCGUGGACCGCACCAGCAGCUCCGGGAGCAGCUCGUCGUCCCCGUCCUACUGGGACAACCGCAGGGCCUCCAGCGCGUUCGGGACCCUCCCGAGGAAAGGGGGGAAAGGCAGCGUCCGCAGACACCUCCUGAAACUCAUACCCGGCUUCAGUCGCUCGCUCGACCAAGACGUCGUGGAGGAACUGGAUCCAGACAGACCAUGUCGCCUGGACAGGGUCUUCAGCGACGGACAGUAUCAACAGAAAAAGGCAACAAAGUCCUUUUCUUGAGGCAGAAGGAAGCGAAAAGACACUUAUUAUGUGUGUGGCUGCGUAGGUCAGUUCGUCUGAAGGUCAGGAAGACUGGAGUGCUCAGUGUCAGUGUUUUGAAUGUGAAAAGAGGAUGAAGGCUUAAGGUUUUAAGACUUUCUGUAAGCAUUCAGAUAGCAUUUGUGGAGUGAGUCAAGGUCUGCUUGGCCUUGAAUGAGAGGCGUUUGUUAUAAAAUGAAAAGCAUUAACUAUUAACACAUUAACUAUGACCAUACUCUCCUUAUACUCAGACGCAGCUUUCAGGGUUAUGUUAGUGUAUGUCUAAUGUAUGUUGAACCUCACCUGGAGCAGAGCAUAGUGAAUGUAACCAAUGAGCAUCAAGCCCUAUCUUUUUCUCAAGUAUCAAUGAAAGUCUCUGAGGACGAGUGUAGCCUGUAGCCUAUAGGUCAAAAUAAAGGUCAUCCAUCUGGUCUAUACAUUAGGCUACAUGGAAAAUGUACUUGCAUAUCAGAAAUACAAAUUUGUAAUUAUCAUCAUGACUUCGUCAUGCAUUAUUGUGUUUGUUGAGCUAAGAAAAUGAAACCAUUUCAUAUAAUCUUAAAUCUGAUGCUUGUAUAAAAAGGCGUUUGUAAUGAAAUGACUGUGCAGUGUUUGGGGUGUUUGAGAAUACUCUUAGACUAGAUGGAUACUUUCCAGCGUGGGAGACAGUGCAUGUAGCCUACCGUGUGAUCACUUGAAGCCGACAUAUUCUAACCAUAUGAGAGUUCUGAACCGCAUGAGUGUCUUCUCCACUGCAGGAUGUGGCAUAGGUAAGGAGGACAACCUACUUGAGGACCUUAGCAAGCAAAAAUAUACUGCACAUUAUCCGUUUGUAAUUUUUUUUUCUUUUUUUUCUCGUUUUUUUUUAACAAAGAAUGGUAAUUCUUUUAAAUGCGUUCAAACCGUUUAGAAAACAUAGUGUUUCUAGGUUUUAACCAGCAGAUGGCGACGCACACCCGUUACAUUUGAACGCACCCUUAUGUUUUUCAGUCUUGUGCUUCUAAAUAGCUCAGAUGCUGAACAUGUUUAUGGGGUAAAGCGAUUUGCGAAAAUGUCUCUUUGCAUUUUCCUUGUCUGAAUAAAGAAUUAAACAACAUGAUCGUCCAUAAAAGUACAAACAUAACCAAACAUUUUAGCACUCUUUAGAAAAUAAUUUUUCACAAGUUUCUCAACAAGCUGUGUGGGUGUCUGAAACGCUAUACAGAUUGAAACAUGUUAGGCCUUAUAAUAGCAAGUUCAAUUACAUAAACCUACAUUAAGUAUGUUAACCCUUCUCGAUUCAAGGCCUUCCUUUUAUUCUCCUGAAUGAACCCCCCCCCUCAUCAUCACAAAGAAGACCUUCUUGGCUCAUUAGCGUGUGCCAAGUGCAUGCUGGGUAAACCCAUACGAGAAUGUUAAUCUUCAGCCACAGAGAAGGUGGUCACCCAGGAGAGCUUAGAGCAGCAGUACAGUCCCAGUAUUUGUGGGGGCCAACCUCAACAAAGGCUCUUUAUUAGCGCCCACAACAAAGCUCUGUUCUCCCCCCCAGCUCUGACCACGUCGCACACCAGCACCAAAACACAACCAAGAUAUUUGCACCAGUGAAAAAAAAACAAAAAAAAAACGCACUAGGAAGGGUGUUCUGUCGUCACUCUUUGUCUCUUGUUGUGUUGUUGCUUGGACGCCUCCGACCAGCUGUUCUUUAUGUGGGUCACAGCCCCCGAGCCAAUGCCCGCCUGCGUGAAGAGAGACCACCACUGAGGACAUCGAGGAUACCCGGCCUGUUUUCGGCUCUCGUUUGGGUUCCUCCAGCGCUGAUCCACCUGAGCGGAGAACGAGCAGGAGGAGCGGGGAGCAUGGAGCCUGAGACCAGCCACACCCAGACCCACAACGCUGCAGAUCUGAGGGCGUCCGAGGUGGAGGUGCUGAGGUCGCACGUGGUGGAUAUCAUCGGAGGGGCGGGCCGCGGGGCCCGUCGGAGCCUGGAGGACCCCGGCAAGGACCUGCAGGAGGAGGAGGAGGAGGAGGAGGACGACGAAGGAGACGACUCGGUGUUCUACGACG